AUGACAGAAUCUCAACAAUAUUGGCUCCCGGGAUACGGGCUGUCACGACACAUCGUUCUAAGCCAGAUCCAAUAUUUCCUGGGACCUACAUCGUCCGCUAGGCCCUAUAGUUAUCAAGGACGCGAAGGCUAUCUUGUCACGGGAACCCCUUUGACUCGACAACAAAUCGAGGACCUGGCAAACAUGUCAUUAGAGUAUGAGAAAGGAGCUGCCAUGCGGAUGGCUCACAACAACUUCAAUUUCAAUGCUGACGGCAAAUCUUCGGAGCAAUACGUCAAUGAAUUGAUAAGCGUUGGAAUGCGCGAAAAAGAACGAGACCGUGUCAGUGACCGAAACGAAGACCGUGAAAGAGAAGGAGAAAGCGAUAGAUGGAGAUGUAGAAGAUUCUCGCCCUUAGAUCGGCGUUCAAGACAUAAACAAUCGUGGUGA